GUUGAAAUACCUUGUUUUUCGAGUCGCGUUCCGUUUUAACAUGACAAUAAUGACAGUCAAUUUGAGCCGCUCGCUCUCCCUCGCCAGCAAACACGACGCGUCCAGCAGCUAAUGCUAACUGUGUCCAGCAGCUAACGCUAACUGUGUCCGGCAGCUAAUGCUCACUGUGUCCAGCAGCUAAUGCUCACUGCGUCCAGAAGCUAAUGCUAACCGUGUCCAGCGUAAGUUCGCCGAACUUGUAUGAUAUGUUCGUACUUUUUGUGAGUGUGUGUGCAGCCUUCAGACACUCCUGCCGGUGGUUCGGCACGACGCCGGGAGCUCAAGGGGGAGGAAAGUGGAGGAAAGAACACGGACUUGCACGCAGUGGCAGCGAAUAUGGACCUCUAACAGAUCUACCUGAUUGGUCUUUUGCAGAUGGCAGGGCAGCACCGCCCAUGAAGGGCAUGUUGAGGAGAAGGGGAGAGAGGGAAGAAAUGGCAAGGCGCAUCGUGAUGCUCAGUUCCGAGAUGGAUCGAGGGAUCGAGUCGUGGCUGGAAAGGGAAGAAGAAGCGCAAAGAAUUGAGGAGCGCCAAAAGUCUCUGCUGCUUAAGCCUAAAGGGAAGCUACUAAAGAAGAAGGAUGCUCACAGUUAGGAAGAGCCUAUCGUGGUAAAUAACAGCCCCGAUGUUACUGUCAAAAGUCAAGUUAUGUGCGGUAGGAUUUUCAUGGAAUAAAUCACUUCGACCCAG